AUGUCUGCAUCAAACACCCGCGCUGCUUGCGCCAACUGUCUGGUCCUCCUCGCAGGAGAGGCUCCGUGCUACAUCCCCAACAAGGCCCUCCCUCCCUCCACGCCAUUGUCCAACACGAUUUAUGGUGCUGCUGCUUUGGACAACCGCCCUACGAACAAGUGGCCAAUCCAUUUUAUCCUUGGAGAUGCUCCUACCCUGAACCCCAUGGAUACCACCAAAGUCCAGUGUCACGAUUUGUUCGACAAAGGCGACGGUCUCCAAGGCAACCCCAAAGACCUCAUCCCCCGCGCCCCGCGCCUAUCCAUGUUCUCCCGGAUCCCCCGCGACAUGCAAGACCUCACCCUUGAACAACGUCGUGCAUUGAGAUUAGCAGGCUGCCCCACCCCCGCAAAGGCCAAGGGCAAAACUGUCGAGGCCCUGUUGUUCCCUUGGUUGUACCCCCUGGGGACUGGAAUGUAUGCAGAUGGAACCAAGGGUGCAAACUGUAGAUCGUUCAAAGAUGAUAUGGAGAUCAAGUUGAAUAGUGCGGAUUCGAGGUGGAGGGAUGAUGACGAGUGGGCUACUUGGGCUGCCUUGAAGGCUGAGGGCAAGGAUGGCACUGCUGACUUGUUCAAGCCUUUGUAA